AUAUGGUCUGAGUGAGGGUAGGCCCUCUGAAAAAGGUAUUCGAAUUGAUGCACAAACUUUUUUAGAUCAUGUAUUGAAAGAUGAUGAUUUAAAGAAUACCAAACUUAUAACGUAUGGUCAAUCACUUGGUGGUGCUAUAUCAAUUGAUUUGGUUUCGAGAAAUGAAGAUAAAUUCAGUGCUAUGAUUUUAGAAAAUACAUUUUUAAGUAUUGUAAGUAAACCAUUUUCGCCGAAAGUGAUACCUUAUGUCAUGCCUCAUUUGAAAUAUUUGGCAUUUUUAUGCCACCAAAUUUGGCCUUCAGAAAACUCAAUACGACAAAUAGUACAUACACCAAUACUAUUCCUAUCAGGUGCACGUGACGAAAUAGUACCGCCAUCUCAUAUGACCGAUUUAUACGAAUUUUCACAAACAAAGGACAAAGAAUUUAAAAGGUUUGAUAAUGGUUUCCAUAAUGAUACUACUAUUCAGCCAGGAUAUUUUGAAACUAUUGGGGAAUUUUUAAGAAAAGAAAAUUUGUUGGACGAUGAAGGCAAGGAAUGGGUCAGAAUUUAG